UUUCUUUCUUUGCAUUCAUCUCCACCUUCCCCUCUUUUUUGUAUUCUUCCCCAACAAUUAUGACGUGACUUUCUCCCUCCUCCUUCAAUAUAAUCUUCCUCACUCACUACUCUCUUCCUCACUCUUUUUCUUUCUUUUCUGUAAAAAGAAAAAAGAAAGAAACAAAAAUGGCUGAAAAUACCAAAUUUUCCAGAAUUCUUCAUCUUCUUCACUACACUAUCUUCACACUCUCUCUCUUUCUCUUCUUCAUCUUCCCAUCUCUUUCUAUUUCCAUUUCCAGUUCCACCCCUUUUACUUACAACUCUCUCGACAUCUCCUCCUCUAUUCAGUCAACUCUCAGCCUCUUCUCCGCCGACAACCACCAACUCCCACCCCAGCACCACCACCACCACCACAAACACAGCAACCAUGUCUCUGUCUCUGGUUCAGGUUCACUCUCUGUUGAAGUUCACCCGCGUAUCUCCCUCCACGCGGCGCACCACUACACUAACUACAAAGCCAUGACCGAGUCCCGCCUUGCUCGUGACUCAGCCCGAGUCAAAUCGCUCAUUUCCAAGGCGGAGCUAAAACUCCGAGGAAUCUCACGGGCGGACCUUAUGCCGAAAGUAAACGACGACACCAUCCUCACGGCGGAGGAUUUAGAAGCGCCGGUGUCUUCCGGGACCAGCCAAGGCUCCGGCGAGUACUUCUCACGCGUUGGUGUGGGGUCCCCUUCGAAGGAGUACUACAUGGUUAUCGACACAGGAAGUGACGUCAGCUGGCUCCAAUGUCAGCCUUGCUCCGACUGUUACCAGCAGACUGACCCGCUCUACACUCCGUCGUCUUCCGCCACCUACUCCCCGCUCACGUGCAGCGCACGUGAAUGCUCCACCCUCGAAGUCAGCGCGUGCCGUAACAGCGCGUGUCUUUACCAGGUUUCCUACGGGGAUGGGUCCUACACGGUGGGGGAGUUCGUCACCGAAACGGUGUCGUUUGGUUCCUCCGGUAGUGUUCCGAAAGUUGCUAUUGGUUGUGGGCAUGAUAAUGAAGGGCUUUUCGUCGGUGCUGCCGGGCUUCUCGGGCUUGGCGGCGGGCCCUUAUCGUUACCGUCGCAAAUAAAAGCGAGUUCGUUUUCAUACUGUUUAGUAGACCGUGACUCGCCUAAAUCGUCGUCGCUUGAGUUCAACUCAGUCCAACCCGCCGCCGGGUACGUCACCGCUCCCCUCUUAAAAAACAACAAGCUCAACACGUUCUACUACGUCGGUCUCGCCGGAUUCAGCGUCGGCGGCCAACAAAUCUCCAUCCCACCCACCCUCUUCGAAAUGGACGAGUCAGGUUCCGGCGGAGUAAUCGUCGACUCAGGAACCGCCGUAACUCGCCUCCCAACUCAAGCCUACAACUCCCUCCGAAACGCCUUCACUCGGUUAACCCCACACCUAAAGUCAACCACAGGGGUCGCCCUCUUCGACACGUGUUACGAUUUCUCAUCAAUGAGCAGUGUCAAAGUCCCUACGGUGGCGUUCCACUUCGCCGGCGGCCAAUCCCUCGAUUUACCGGCGAAAAACUACCUAAUCCCGGUAGACUCAUCGGGAACUUACUGCUUUGCAUUCGCUGAAACGACGUCGUCUAUGUCGAUUAUAGGGAAUGUGCAACAACAAGGGAUACGUGUCCACUACGAUCUUGCUAGAUCUCAACUUGCUUUUUCGCCGAAUAAUUGCUAACGUCUUUAUUUAUAAAAAUUUAGAAAAUGUAAUGUAAUGUAAUAAUAAUAUUAAUUUUUAUUUAAUAAUUUGAAAAGGAAAAUGAAGAUGUACAAUUACGAUUGUAUCCUUUGUACUAGUAGUAGUAAUAGUGGGGAGUGUUGAAAUUACAAAUAUAGGGUUAGAUUUUGAAAGAAUUAGAUUCCCUUGUGGUUGGGUAAGUGUUGUAAAAGUAGUGUGGGCCCACUUGAAAUAAGUUUAUUUUUUUCGUAGUUAUGUUUGUGGGUCCCACUCCCUUGCAUGGAUUUUGACGGGUUUGUUGUUAAUGUUGAUUUAACAAGUACUGUACCA